CCCUCUACAAGAUAUAUAUCACCCCCCAAAAAACAAUCACUCUCUCCCCCCAAACGCAAACCAGAACAGAGAAUAAAAAAUAUCUCCGGCGAUUCUCUCGUCUCCCCCGACGGCUGUCGCUUCGUCAGAGUCGCCUUGAGAUCCUGCAUUCUCAAUUAGUUGAGUAAAAAAAGGUCUGCAAAAUGGUUGCUCAGGGAUUCACUGUGGAUCUUAACAAGCCCCUUGUAUUUCAGGUUGGCCAUCUUGGUGAAGAGUACGAGGAGUGGGUUCACCAACCCAUUGUUUCAAAGGAAGGCCCUCGGUUUUUCCACAGUGACUUUUGGGAGUUCUUGACCCUUACAAGAUGGUGGGUGGUUCCUGUAAUUUGGUUGCCAGUUUCACUCUGGUGCAUCUCCAUGUCAGUAAGCAGGGGCCUUUCACUUCCAGAAAUCGUCCCAUUGAUACCCUUGGGAAUAUUCAUCUGGACGUUUAUUGAAUAUACUCUCCACCGGUUCCUUUUCCAUAUAAAGACCAAGAGUUACUGGGGAAACACGGCACACUAUCUUCUUCACGGAUGCCAUCACAAGCACCCCAUGGACCACCUUCGGCUCGUCUUUCCUCCUACUGCAACAGCUAUUUUAUGCUUUCCUUUCUGGAACCUUGUGAAGCUAUUCACUACUCCUGCAGUCACACCAGCGUUGUUUGGAGGCGGCAUGCUCGGGUACGUGAUGUACGAUGUUACUCACUACUACCUUCAUCAUGCCCAACCAACUAAAGCAGUGACCAAAAACCUCAAGAAAUACCAUUUGAACCAUCACUUCAGGAUUCAGGACAAGGGUUUUGGUAUAACAUCGUCGCUAUGGGACAUAGUGUUUGGGACACUUCCCACCACAAAAGCCCCUAAAAGAGAGCAAUAGUAGUGUACUAAAACGCAAAACGAAAAAGAUUAUUUGCAAUACAGUUGAAUCUUAAAUUUAUUAAUCAUCCCUCAUGAGUUUUGAGAUGUUUGUCUGGGGUUUCAUUUGAACCACUGUCUUUGUAAAUCAAUGCUUUUAUGUCAUGUGUUUACUAGUUUUGGUGUGUUUCUCAGCGAAGCAAUCAAAAAUAUCAACUAACAUGUAAUGUGUGUAUUGGGUCUUAUAUCUUUUGAAUCUUACUCAUCAA